AUGAGUGUAGCCAAGAAGAGCAAGGGAAAGCGAGCAAUGCAGGAAGAUGAACCCCAAGAACUGGAGGAUCACAAGGUCAGAGACAAGAAGAAACCGAAGACCAAAAAAAGCCCAGCAAACUUCGGGGAGGCUUUGCGGAACGUCUUGAAUCAAAAGGUCCCGAACAAUUCUAUCACUCCUAUCCUUGCUGGAGCGAAGCAGAACAAAGAGCUGAAGGAACGAUUGAAAGAGGAGAAAGAGCUGAAAGAAAAUCAGACUCUUAGCGUAGCCAAGAAGAAGUGGUUCUCAAAGGAGCAUGUCAUGCCGAACGAUGCAGAUCUGAAUCACGAAAAGCUCCUACAUAAGCUCGCAACAAAAGGAGUUGUAAAGCUGUUCAAUGCUAUCCAGGAACAACAAAGGAAGCGAGUAGAAGAGAGCAAUGCUGAGAAGAAGAAUGCAAAGUCAGACAAGGUCUCAAAGAAAGAAUUCCUUGAUAUGCUGAAAUCGGGAGGGAAGAGCCAAGUAGAAGAAGAAGCACAAGCGGGCUCAGCGAAUCAGGAUAUGAAGCUGGAGGAUUCUGAUGGGGACGAGGAUGCAAGCGGUGAAGAUGCUGGAGAGGAGGAGGAGGAGGAGGAGGAGGAGGAGGAGGAGGAGGAGGAGGAGGAGGAGCAAGAAGACGAGACGAGCGAUUCAGAACAGGAGUCAGAAGAGGAGUUGGAGGAUGACAUUGAAGAACUUGAAUCCGAGGAGGACUACGAGUAG